UUACAAGAAAUCCAAAUUCAUGAAGAUCAGAUACUGUAAUUUACAGGUAAACUCUAGGCGAUCGUCAUGCCGUCGAAGCUCGCGAAAGUACAGAAACAGGUAACGAGAAAGAAGGGCACCAAGAUCAACUCGUUGCACGAGAACAGUCGCGAUGCCAGGCGGUUACGGAAAGCUUCAAACAGAGAUGACCGGGUGGCAAGGCUAAAUUCGACUCGCGAAAAGGCCAACAGGCAAUGGCUUGAACGAGUUGCGUUCUUCCAAGACAGGCUGCCUGAGACGCUGAAUCCCUUGGACAUGACAAGCAUCAAGGAACUUAUUGAGGAGUACCUGGGACGUAACUCCGAGGAGAUCGAGCAGCUCAGAGCAGAGCGCAGGCCUGGCAGGCCGGCGAGUACACGACUCACGCUUCUUGAGCAGCAAACUGAGCAGGAGAGGAAGGAGUACGAGAGCGGCUACUGGCUGCCAAACCUUCAGGACGCGGAAACGUUGCAGAGGCUAGAUGCAUGGAAUGGAAGCUGGAUCGCCUUGAGCAAUCUGCUGUUUCUGAGGGUCGACAAUCAUGGCGGUGCAAAGGACAGCCAGUUCCCGCCUAGGGGUGCGUCAUAGCCAUGGAGGGGUGUUGUUCGUACUUUACGGAUUUUCGACUGGCGGCGCCUUCGAUCUGCUCUCCUGCGAUCAUUUCUCGCUCGUGU